AUGACCCAAACUCGAAAACCCACCGCCCAAUCCGACGAAGACACCACUAAAUCCAUCACUGCAACCACCAGGGGCUCCGGUGGCGGAGCCACAACCGCCAUGAGGGUCAUAGUUCCCUUACAAGGUGUAGUCCAAGGCCGAGGUGGUCUAGUAUUGGGCUCAGUAAUCCCCUGCGCUCUAUUCUAUUUUUUGCAAUUCUACCUCAAGCGCAACCGCUCUGGUGGACCCACCACUCCUCCGCCGGCGGAGACAACAACGUCGCCGUCUGCGGAUCAGUUGGAGGAGGUUUCUUCUGGGUUGCAAAGGGUUCAGUCUCGUCUUCUGUUAUCACCCAGAGGUUCUGGUUCGCCUGCACCCAUAUCUUCUAGGGCUAAUUCCAUAGUAAAACAAGCUGAUGGCCCGUACUAUGUCGGAUUGAACAGAGUUUCAGAGGACCCAUAUGAUGAAACGAGUAACCCAGAUGGCAUAAUUCAACUUGGAUUGGCUGAAAACAAAUUGUCAUUGGAUUUGGUUCAAGGAUGGUUAGUGGAGAAUGGAAAGGACGCAUUUGACGGCCAAGAUUUGAGCAUAAUACUGCAGGCUGUGGCUGGAUUCAUGUCUCAAGUCAUGGAAAGACCAGUGUCCUUCAACCCAUCACGGAUAGUAUUAACAGCCGGUGCAACACCUGCAAUAGAGAUGCUUACCUUCUGCCUGGCGGAUGCAGGAAAUGCAUACCUUGUUCCUUCGCCUUAUUACCCUGAGUAA